CUGCUGCUGCUGGGGUCGCCGCGCGGCGUGGGCGCGGGGGUGGGCGCUCCUGCCGAGCUGCGGGUCCGCGUGCGGCUGCCCGACGGCCAGGUGACCGAGGAAAGCCUACAAGCGGACAGCGACGCCGACAGCAUCAGCCUGGAGCUGCGCAAGCCGGAUGGCACCCUCGUCUCCUUCACCGCUGACUUCAAGAAGGAUGUGAAGAUCUUCCGGGCCCUGAUCCUGGGGGAGCUGGAAAAGGGGCAGAGUCAAUUCCAGGCCCUCUGUUUUGUCACCCGACUGCACCACAAUGAGAUCAUCCCCAGUGAGGCCAUGGCCAAGCUACGGCAGAAAAACCCACGGGCAGUGAGGCAGGCUGAGGAGAUGCGGGGCCUGGAACAGCUGCACAUGGACAUCGCUGUGAACUUUAGCCAGGGCGGCCUGCUGAGUCCCCAUCUUCACAACGUAUGCGCUGAGGCCGCAGAUGCCAUUUACACCCGCCAGGAGGAUGUCCGGUUCUGGCUGGAACAAGGUGUGGACAGCUCUGUCUUCGAGGCUCUACCCAAGGCAUCUGAGCAGAUGGAACUGCCUCGCUGCAGGCAGGUGGGGGACCGUGAGAAGCCCUGCACCUGCCGCUAUGGCCUGAGCCUGGCCUGGUACCCCUGCAUGCUCAAGUACUGCCACAGCCGUGAGCGGCCCGCGCCCUACAAGUGUGGCAUCCGAAGCUGCCAGAAGAACUAUAACUUUGACUUCUAUGUGCCCCAGAGGCAACUGUGUCUCUGGGAUGAGGACCCCUAGCAGGGCUGCUCUGGGCCCUGCCACCAGAGGAGGUGGCCACCCUACCUAAGGCCUUAAGUUCCCUUCCCCCACUCUGGCCCUGAAGCCUCGGCCUGCCUGCCUCUUGCAUGACUGUGAAAGGGGUGGGACAGCAGGGUCAUUCAUGAAGGCAGCCCCCUCCCACCCUGUGCCUUCCUUGGGGGCAGGGAGAGACAAAGCUAGUUCUCCACACUUGCCCCCUUCCCCUCCUCAUCUCCCCUGAAGUGUUCACUUUCAAGCAACCAAAAUGUGACAGCCUAGAAUUCAGCUCUUCAAAGGUUUAGAUCCUAAAAGGAGUCUCUGCCUAUUAACCCAUCUCCCCACUCAUGACUAGAAGGAGCUGGCCUUGCCACACCUUCCUAUUCCCCACCAAUGAAAGGAUCUGCACCUCCAAAGAGGUGCUCUUGGGGACCCAUGUCACAGCCCCUGUGCCAGAUCCCAUGCAUUCUUCUUUCUCACAAGGCCAGGCCGGGUGUGGGGCUGAGCAGACGCCUACCACCCCUGACACUGACCACAUGUGCCUUUCCCCAGACCUGGACUUUGCCCCUGGAGCGGGCAACCCCUCUUCCUCCCUCUAAACAGAAAUAUUUUUGUAAGGUUCUGGAGCAGGGAGGGAGUAUGAAGUACAAGGAAAACUUGAAUUCCAGAUUUUUAAUACAAAGUAUUUAUCAUUUGUACCAUAAAUAAAAGUUUUAAAUUUUUACUUGACACACUAGACCCAGAGAUCAAAGAGAAAUUUUAUCCACUACUGCCACCUGGUGUCAGAAGUGUCCUCCUAUAUGAUCAGUGACCCAUCUGGGGACAGCACCUUCUAAAGUACCCAUUGUGUGCUCUAUCACUUGGGAAAGGGAUAGGUGUGAGGGAGGGUGGUAUCAGGGAAGGAUAGAAUAAAACUUGUGCACUCAAGAGAUUGAGAGACAAGGGGUUGAGGUCUGGCUUAGUAGUAAUACAUUUGCCUAGUAUGUGCCAGGCCUUAAGUUCCACCCCCAGCAUUGGGAAGAAAAAAAAAAAAAUGAGACUUUGAAACAAGCCAUCCAGCAUUCAAAUUAAGGGAACCAACCUAAGUGCUCUUCAACAGAUGAACAGAUGUCCCCAAAUGGAUAGAAACUACAAGACCUGACUGCUCUCUGCAGUUACUACACAAGGCCUUGCUACAUAUUUGCUGUGCAAUCUUGGGUCAAGUUACUUUACUCUCUGUGCCUCAGUUAUAACAUAAUCCUAAUUUGUAAGAUUUAAAGUGACUUCAUAACACGUCAAGUGCCUAUCACUCA